AUGCCAAUUUUCGCAGGACUGACGCUGCUACCUCCGCUACGUAUGUUACGUCUUCAGCGUCUGCUCUUUCUGCUUCUUCUUGUGGCACUGCUAACUGCAGGAGGAGUAGCAAAAUGUGAACUCCCAGACGACGGAGUGAACCAAGUACACACACGAAACAAAAUUGAGGAACGCAUUAUGGAUGUCCUAAACUCCGUCAGCGUUGGUCAGUCCAUUAAACGAGAAAGGAACCUACUAGACGACUUGGCAAACUAUAUACACUAUUUGAAAGUGCUAAGCCUCGUAGCCCCUCGUGACAAUGUAGAAGGCGAUAGAGAUGGUUACGUCGAGGGCUUCAUUAAUGUGGAUACUAUUGGGAAGGGAGCCAAGGAAAAGCGAAGAGUUGACAUUGAGUACUUCUCGCAGGGGAACAAUUACAAAAAUAAUUUAAAAGACGUCAGGAGGGAAGUCAAGAGGGUUUUAUUUACUUAA